AUGAAAGGUGGUCCAAGUCAGAAAAAUAGUGACAAGAAGCGACCUAACCAGUGGAGUUUCAACAACAACAACAACAAGAGAGGAAAGGAGCAAUCCCAAGAAAAGCCAGGAUUUCCUCAAUGCCCAAAAUGUAACAGAUAUCAUCCUGGUGAAUGUCGGGUUGGGACUAACACUUGUUACAUAUGUGGGAAGCCGGGGCACUUUGCAAGGAAAUGUUCCAACCGUAACGAACAGUAUAAAGGAGGAGAAGAAAAGAAAACAAAUGGCAGAGUCUUUGCCUUGACUUGGGAAGAAGCAGAAGCAAGUCCAUCCACAGUAAUCUCAGGUCAGCUCAUUUUCAAUAACAUCCCUGCAUCAGUAUUAGUUGAUUCUGGAGCUACACAUUCAUUCGCAUCGGUGCAUUUUGUUGGUAGACUGAAUGGAUUACCUGUUAAGAUGGAUACAAUUUUUAGUAUAGCACUGCCCUCUGGGGAAGUGCUAUACUUAACUCAUUGGUAUAAGACUAUACCAAUUACAAUCAAUGACAAGGAACUAUAUGUUAACCUGAUCAUUAUCGACAUGAAGGACAAUGACGUCAUUUUAGGAAUGGAUUUCCUAACAAUGUAUAACGCUAGAAUCAACUAUAGUAAGAAAGAAGUCAUUUUUACACCAGUAGGAGAAAAUGAAGUUCAUUUUCAAGGGAAAGUGAAACGAACCCCUUCACCAAUGAUUUCUGCAACAAAGGCAAGGAAAUUAUUAGCAAACGGAUGCACCGGAUAUCUAGCAACGAUUAGUGACAUCUCGAAAGAGAAGUUUGCGAGACCUAAAGACGUUCAAAUUGUACGCGAAUUUAUGGAAGUAUUUCUAGAAGAUCUUCAUGGAAUUCCUCCCAAUCGUGAAAUUGAGUUUGAGAUCGAGUUGUUACCUGGUACAACUCCGAUUUCAAAGGCCCCUUACCGCAUGACACCUACCGAACUGAAGGAACUAAAGACUCAACUGGAGGAACUUUUGGAAAAGAAGUUUAUAAGACCCAGUCAUUCACCGUGGGGAGCCCCCGUACUAUUCGUGAAGAAGAAGGAUGACACAAUGAGAAUGUCCAUUGAUUAUAGGGAACUCAACAAAUCAAAAAAAGAACAUGAGGAACAUCUAAGAUGUACGCUGGAAACACUCAAAAAGGAACAACUGUAUGCCAAAUUCAAGAAGUGUGAAUUUUGGCUCGAUAAAAUUAACUUUUUGGGACAUAUUGUGUCAAAAAGUGGGAUUUUGGUGGAUCCAACUAAGGUAAAAGCAGUAAAAGGAUGGUCCCAACCAAGGAAUGCAACUGAAGUAAGAAGUUUUCUGGGCUUAGCUGGAUAUUAUCGACGAUUCAUAGAAGGGUUUUCCAAAAUUGCAACCCCACUUACGGCGCUCACUAGAAUGAAUAGUCGAUUCAUAUGGACGGAAGCUCGUGAGGAGAGCUUUAUGGAAUUAAAGAAUCGACUAACUAAUACUCCAAUCCUCACCAUCCCGAAUAGUACAGAGGAGUUUGAAAUUUUCUGUGACGCUUCAAAGAUGGGAUUAGGAGCGGUGUUGAUGCAAGAAGGGAGAGUAGUAGCUUACGCCUCCAGACAAUUAAAGGACUACGAGAAGAACUAG